AUACAUAAUUCGCCCCGGAAGGUGUAUAUAUAUAUAUAUAUACACAUUCUUUUUAAUAAAAAUGGUUAAUUUCAUUUUGAAUUCAUUUUUACUUUUUUUACUUGUUGGAAUUGUUUCUUCAGCAGACUCAUCAACUUUUGGCUCUGUUGCAGAAAAUAAUGGAUUUAUACCAUCAACUGACCUUCGUGGUUCUUUUAGUCAACAAAAUGCAAAUACCCAAGGAUUUCAUAAAGCAGAUGUUUAUUUUAAAACAAAGAUACCAUCAUUAAAUCCUGAUCAAAGUGGAGUAUCAAGUAUUAAUUGUAAUGAUGGAAAAAUUACUCUCGGUUUGAAGGAGCAAAAUGAUAUCGAUCAAAUUAACAAUUGGCCCGAUAAAGUUAUCUUAUUAAUUUCAGAUAAAUGGGAAUGUUUUGGUAAAACUGAAACCCAAUUUUUUAUAGUUAGUGAUAAGGUCAUUGAUGCACCUAAUAAAUCAGUGAGUUUUACUUCUGAAGAAAGUAAAAUAUCGGAUCAAGCAGAUGAAUUCCUUAUUAACGUUUCAUGGGUCGAUGGAGGUUCGAAAAAACGUAACGUAAAUCGUCGUAGAUCACGUAAAAGAGCUCAAAAUCUUGAUAUAAGCAAAAAAUUAAAUUUAAAUGUUUUAUUUGAUGAAAAGACUGGAAAAUCUUCAAAACCAAAUAUUCCACUUAUUAAAUUGGGACAAAAUAAUACUGAGGAAACUUUACUUUGUGCUAAUUGUUUUGUAAACGGUGAAGCCACAAUUAACAUGAUAAUUGGUGGUAAAUUUUUCCCCUUUAAAUUAACAGAUGCUACAAUUUCUGUUAAAGGGAACAUUAAGAUGAACCUUGACUUUUCUAUUAAUGGUAAAGUUGGUGCUAGUCUUUCUCCCCCUGAUAUUCAACUUCUUAGUAUUCCUUUAUCUCCUCUCGGUAUAUCAAAUUUAUUUAAUAUUGGACCUUCGAUAGAUCUUGGCGCUUCAGCUUCAAUAACUGCAGAUAUAACAGGAACUCUUCGUACUGGAGGUGAAAUUGACAUACCAAAUUUUAGUGCUAAUUUCACUUUGAUUGAUGAGCCAAAAUUUGUUCAAUCCGGUUUUGAUCCACAAACAAAAUCACAUGAUCCAACUGUUGGUGUCACUAUUUCAACUGGUAUUAGUGGUUCGUUAAAGCCACAAUUAUCCUUUGGUCUUGAUGUACUUAAUGGACUUUUUCAAAUUAAAACUGGGUUCCAAGUAAAAACAACACUUGGUACUAGUGUUUCAAUUGGUAGUGAAAGUGGAUGUAAUGGAAAUGAUCAACCACAUCUUGAAAGUACUCUUGUAGGUGAUUUAGGUUUCUUUGUAGCAAAAAAAGACUUUCCUAUAGUAAAUUUACCAUCCGUAACUUUAUUAGAUAAGUGCGUACCAAAAGUUGUUUAAUUUAGAUUUAGAUGAUAUAAAAUAUUAGAAUUUUGGGUUAAUUUGGGUUAAUUUAGAUAUAAUUUCUCUUUU